GUACAAGCCAGUCAGAGAGGCAGGCGGACAAGAACUUUGUGUGUAUGACAGACGGACAUGAUGACAGAGAGAAAGACAGGCAACACGAUGACAAACAGAAGACAAACAAUGUGAUUUUUCAUCCCGUCAUUAGUCUCUGUCAGCAGCUGUUUUACACUUAACAGGGUUUGCUCUUAAGUCCAGUUGCUCUACGAAUUCUCAGGAGAGCGGUUUGCAGCGUUCCCUGGCCUGGGAUACACACAGUAAUGGACAGCAGUGACCCACAGGAAGACGAAAGAGGAAGCAGAGGGAAAGAGAGUGAUGGGGAGAGCGGUAAACAGCUGAAGAACCAGCUCAACUGUGAGGAAAAAGGAGAGAAGGAGAAUAAAGGGAAUGAGAAGGAGAAGAAGAAAGAGAGCCGGCGUUCUGGGUCUCUAUGGAGGAGUGGAUGGGCGCUGAGUGAAAGACUGGCCAUCAAUGUCUCAGGGAUGCGUUACGAAACUCAGCUCCGCACCUUAGCCCAAUUCCCCGACUCCAUGCUUGGUGACCCCAGGCGGAGGUCGCGGUACUUUGACCCACUUCGAAACGAGCUCUUCCUGGACCGAAAUCGUGCCUGCUUUGACGCCAUUUUGUACUUUUACCAAUCAGGCGGGAGGCUUCGGAGGCCGGCGAACAUACCCCUGGACAUUUUCAUGGACGAGCUGAUAUUCUAUGAACUGGGAGAGGACAUCAUGAAUCGCUUCAAGGAGGACGAGGGUUUUCCAAAAGAAGAGGAGAGGCCGCUGCCAUCGAACAAUAUCCAGAGGAGAUUGUGGAUGCUGUUUGAGCACCCUGAGUCCUCAUCCGGCGCACGUAUCAUAGCCAUCAUCAGUGUCAUGGUCAUUGUGGUGUCCAUCCUCAUCUUCUGCCUGGAGACACUGCCUGACUUCAGGAGUGAGAAGGAGACACGAGAGGAAUAUUAUUACAGGUACCACUCCCAGGCAAAGAACGUAUCUGAGAACAUGCCUCCUCCAAACAGUGCUUUCCAAGACCCCUUCUUCAUGGUGGAGACCAUCUGUAUAUGCUGGUUCUCCUUUGAGCUCCUCAUGCGCUUUGCUUGCUGUCCCAGCAAACCGCACUUCUUCAAGGAUGUCAUGAACUUCAUCGAUUUCAGUGCCAUCCUGCCCUAUUUCGUCACAUUGGGAACGGAGCUGGCCAAGGACAAUGACGCCUCUCCAGCCACAUCCUUGGCCAUCAUCAGAGUCAUCAGGUUAGUGAGGGUGUUCAGGAUCUUCAAGUUGUCUCGUCACUCCAAGGGCCUCCAGAUCCUGGGUCAGACACUGAGGGCUAGCAUGCGCGAGCUGGGCCUGCUCAUCUUCUUCCUGUUUAUUGGUGUAAUCCUCUUCUCCAGCGCCAUCUACUUUGCCGAGGCUGAUCACACUGACACCGACUUCAUCAGCAUACCACACGCCUUCUGGUGGGCAGUUGUCACCAUGACCACAGUGGGCUAUGGUGACAUGUACCCAGAAACAGUGUGGGGUAAGAUGGUUGGCUCGAUGUGUGCCAUUGCCGGCGUGCUCACCAUCUCGCUGCCAGUGCCUGUCAUAGUGUCCAAUUUUAGCUACUUCUACCAUCGGGAGACUGAAUGUGAGGAUCAAACCGAGUACAAACACGUCCAGACGAGUCUUUGGGAGGAGGAGGGGCCAGAAGGGGAGGAAAUAGAGGAAGGUGAUAGAGAUCCGGAGGGAGAUUAUUAUGCCAUUGAAGGCAUCUGCAACCCUUUGAAUGGGACUCUGCUGGCCGGACUGUGUACAGGGCAAAGCACAGAGUUCAGAGGAGGAAACAUGUAUCUGAGGGAACCACUGGUUACUCAAGUGUAGGGAGGGUGAGUGUUGUUUUGUAGCUUUCGACAAAGACACAGUAAAAA